AUGGCCUGGAAUCUCUUCCCACGGGGCGGAGGGACGUUCAACUGGACCUGGGUGAUUGAAUUGAUUGUCUGCAUCUGCCUUGUGAACUGGUUUCUAUUCUAUUUUAAUCGAGUCCUCGCUACGCUCAUAUCCUAUGGCCUCCGAGCAUACACCUGGAAUAAAUUCAAAGUCUGGGUAGAUAUACAGUCGUUGCAGAUCUCUCUGCUCGGCGGCCGAAUCUUCUUCAAAGGAGUCAGAUACCAUGGCGAGAACGAAACCAUCUUCAUUCAACAAGGGUUCAUCACCUGGCGGUAUUACUUCCGUUCUACACGUCAGGUCAACCUCUUCAAGCCCUUGAGAACGAAAGAUUCAAAGGAUGACGAGACCAAAUCGGGAGAUUCGGCUAGCGACAAUGGUCAAGAGUCCGAUGAGGACAAUACUGUUCAGCCCGGGGCAAGAUCAGACGCUAGGAUCGCCAUAAACGCAACUGGCCUGGAAUGGUUCGUGUACAAUCGCACACCUGCCUACGAUGCGAUCAUCGCUGCCGCCGACAAGGGCUCGCGCGUACCAGAAGGAGACCCCUCGUGGAAUGGACCAGACGACUCCAAAGGCUCUGACGGUCCCUCGUCUAGGUCCACAGCAAAGCGCGUCGCGGAGAAGCUACAUGUACCUAUUUCUUCUUCAAGCCGGUCCUCGCCCAAGCAGGAAACCCCAUCGGUCGACGGUCCAUCCCUCACUCCCAUGGAAAGCCGAAACGAUGCCGAUGCUGAGGAUGACCAGUCGAUUGGUAGCGACACGCCGAUCGGCGAAGCACAUGUCAAUGCCUUCCAUUCUCUUAUCCUAGCGGUCCUUCCUGUUGGCGUAGAAGUCAGCAGAGGCGCCAUAUCUCUCGGUAAUGAAUCGACAAGAGCUAUCGUGGUCACAACAUUUACCAAAGCCAAAGGUCAUAUUGACGGUGGUGCCGCCGUGGACAAGGAUAUCUUUCGUCAGAUCUUUGACUUUGAAAUUGAGCAUCCGUUGAUACAGAUGAAACCCAACCCGGAGUUCCGUCAUUCGCAAAUGGCUGCUGCAGAGAGAAUCAUCCAAGGCAUCGACAAUCCUAACAGGAAGCGACGUUGGUGGCAAAUUCACCUCGACUUUCGCAAACGACGACAUGAGGCUGCUCAACACCUCAGAAGACUAGUUCCUCCUUUCCACGGUUCCGUCGAAUCCUUUCGCCCGGCAUCUUAUUCUGGCAGAUCCCAUAACUCCUAUAAGGCCUUCGGCGCCGACAGUGAUGAGGGCAACGUGUGGCAUGGUCUCGAUCGCUAUCUGGAUGAGAACGACCGUGACGACCAUGAAGCAUGGUCCCAUAUAGACUAUGCCCGCUUCUCUACGAUUGUAGAUUGCCCUGCAAUCCAUUUCAACUUUUACUGGGAUGUCCAAGGGACUGUUCCACCUGGGGACGCUGUUCAGGCCGAGAAAGUGGCUUCUUACGAUCUCAACGGCGAUGUUCCUCCCGCUUAUGGCAUGCAUCUCACUGUUCGUGGAGGUGAUGUCAAUUAUGGCCCUUGGGCUGAUCGCCUCCGACUAGAGAUCCAGUCUACGUUCUUUCCCAAUGCUUAUCGUAAUGCAACUCCUGCCGAGGCGCCGGCUACGGGCGAUCUACGCAUCUAUACCACAAUGAACAUCCGCGUCGAUAUCGCUGAGGACGUCUCUUUAAGGGUCCCGAUGCGAGAACAAUCGAAGGACUGGCAUUGGCGUGGGAGAGCUCAUGCUGUCCGCGAAGCUGCUAUGCUACGACGUCAGCGAGAGCGCCGGACGCAUUUUCGCUUUCGACGGACUGCCAAAAAGGCUACGGCUCCCGACGUUCGACCUUUCGGAUGGUUCUCCUUCACUGUCGGUAAAGAUACCACCGUCAAAUACGACAUGGCCAUGAUUCCUGACGGCAAUGGAUACAAAAACACACUGCAGAUGAACGUCGUCGAUGCCAGAGCCACAUCCAGUGUCAAUCAUGCCUUGUUGUGGCGAUGCCCUUCCCACAAGAUCACCUGCGAUCUGCCUUAUCCGCUUGGUUGGAAUGACAUGCAUAAGUGGACGUUCAAUAUCGAGAGUGAUCAAUUGGAAAUGUUUAUCCUUCGAGAUCAUAUGUUUCUACUUAUCGACCUGAUAGGCGACUUCACCGCUGGGCAAAAGGCAGAUUUCAUGACGUUCGUGCCGUACAACUACAACAUUGGCCUCGUGUUUACCGACCUGAAGCUGUACCUCAACGCAAACGACUUCAACAUUAUUGACUCUCCCACUGAUAUCAAUGAAAAUGCGUACCUCGUUCUCGGAUUCAAACUUCUCAAUGGAUUUGUCGGUAUUCCGAUGAAGUACUACGCACCAAGACAGAGCCAGGUUCUUUUCAAAGCGAACGGGAAUAAUGCCUAUCUCAAUAUCUCAAGUCCGAUCUGGAACACGUUACACACCUUCCUUGUCGACGAUGAGUAUGUGCCUGACCUGAAGACCAUGGGGACUCUAAAAGGUCUCGAAAUGGAUGGAUCUUACAACUACUAUACGUCCAUGUCGCCCGGCCUAAGCGACUCACUCCUGAUGAACAUUACAGGCCUUGGUCCGCGAUUUCACCUCCAUGGUUUCCUGAUCCGCUAUUUCAUGAACGUCAAGGAGAAUUACUUUGGUGAUCACCUACACUUCAGGACGCUGGAGGAGUAUCAAGCCCUAAUAGAGAAAGAUCGCCCGGAGACUGCGAUGCAAAGACCGACCAGUAAAGAGAACGACCUUGAUGUAAUCCUAACCGUAAGAGCUGACCAGACCUCGAUCUUGAUACCAUCAAACAUCUACACGCGCCGCAAGGGCAUUCGCGCGGAUAUCCUGAUGGUGGAGGCAGAUAUGCGGUUCACAAAUUACUACAUGGAUCUGCAAGUCAAUUCAAGCCCAAUCGAGGCCAGUAUCGAGACGGUGAACGGGCCCGGGCAGAAACCAGAUAUCACUAGCACUCAGGUCUUCCUCGAAAAUGUCGUUGUUUAUGGCCACCGACUUUUCGGUGCACCUCCCACCGAGCCGACAUAUUCCUGCCAUUGGGACGUUGACGUUGGCUUCAUAUCUGGGCAGUGUUCUUCCGAAUUCCUCGGAACCCUGAUUCAAGGCGUCCAAUCCCUCAUCUUCACCAUUGACGACUUUGAGAACGCUCUGCCAAACGUGCUUUCAAAACCUAUUUUCGACGUCAACUUUGUACGUGCACGAGUCGCUGGAAUCAAGCUUUGGAUAUUAUCUGAAUCUACAGCAUUUUUGGCAGAAAUAACUCCAUUAACAGUCGACUUUGAUGACUGGGCGGGUCGUGACUUCGCGAAGCACAUCAAUGUCGAUAUUCCAGCGAUACUUAUCGCUGCAGCAGAGCUGAAAAGUGCCCUGAGACACCAUGAGAUUCCGGACCAUGAGGUUGAAACAUUUGGCUUGUUCAGAACAUCUCUUCGGCUCGCCACCCUGGACAAAACCGCCAAUCUAGCACGAACGAGGGCAUUGCAACAAGCUCACCUCCGCUAUUCUGAUCAGCGCACGCAUCGAGUGGACUGGCUUUUGCACAAACCUACCGUCCCGGGUGUAUCGCGAACCGAGUACAGGUCCGAGUGGAGUAGAAAUCCGCCAUCUAUGCCUACGCCUACCAUACCCGAGCCGAUACUGGACAUUACCGAUCUCGCUGAGCGUCAACCGAUGCUCGACAAGCUUGGCCGUAAAAGCUCCUUCAUAUCGUCAAAAUCGUCUUUAAACGGUCUAGGCAAGAAGAGCAGCUCUCACAAGCAAAUUUUGGACACUCCGGGAAGUAAAUACAAUACUCGCGGCGACGCUCGUUCUGUUAAGAAACAGAGUAGCUUUCUUGACAAAUCCAUUGCUCGCAACAGCCUGUUCCAAACAGCCUCGAAGGAGCCAGGAGCUGCGAAGCAGGGUAUCGGAGCCACGUCGGUAACACUUUCUAGCCCAUGGACUGCUCCGCAUUUUACUCUCCAAGAUGCUGUGCCGAGCAGUGCCGAUAUGCCAGAUACGCUUCUCUUGUCACCUACGGUCGUGCAGCGCACCGCAAAACAAUUCCCCGCUGCCGAGGAUGAUCCCUCGGAAGAUGAAGGUGAAGGACACAUGGGCUUGAUUCUGUCCCUCGAACAAGGCCUUGUUGGAUUCUGCACACCGGCGCUUCUCUCGGGCAUAGCAGGUCUAGUCGACGAGCUUAAGCCUAAGACAUCCUUGGACCGUCUCGACGGCGCUCAGAGGGAUGUCAUUGAGCUUGUGAUGCAAAAACUUAGGCCCAUGAAAGGCAGUAAAACCUUCGACCUCGACAUUCGGCUGCCGUACGCUCACAUCCGAUUUAUCCAUGCGGGGGAAAUCCAGGAUAUACCGCCAGUAAUCUACAAAGAUCAGUAUGAUAUCCGUUUGAAACGCGGCCGUGCCAAUGUCCGCUUCAUCACGAAACAGAUUAUCGAGGAUGCCAAUCGCCCCAUCACACAUGGCCUACUGAUACACACUACUUUAGACAAUCUAUCCAUCGAUGUCAGUAACAAGAACACUACAGAAGGAAAUGGCCCAGCAUAUGCAGGUUUGGUCGUUUCACGGCUUGGUAUAUGGUUCAGCUCCAUGGAACAACUACGUGGCAUGGUGCAGGUCGCCGAGAUCGCCACACAAGUUGCCGCCUCAAAGCUUGAGCAGAUGGCUCAGCUCAUUCAUCGGACCACCACAAUGAUCGAGGGUCUCGUGGAGACCUUCUCUACGCUCGAUGACAGCCUGAAGACACGACAUCUGGUAUAUCAUUUAACCCAAGCAGCAACUGCUGCUUCAGACCCUGUCUUCUUGACGCGCCCGUCCUAUGUCCUACGAAGUACUGACGACCACGUGCGAAGUAGCGAAUCAUGGAAGAUUCUUGUUCGACUACGCCAGAUUUUCACCAGCUCCAUCCGAGAAGCAGCAGCACAAACCUUUGAUGAUUGCCCAUGCAGCGGAGUCGAGCUGCAAGACGGCGCUCGCGAGCAGAUGAUGCAAGCAUUCGAGGACUGGCGAGCGUGGGACUCGGUACCGGCUCACAAAGUUCCGGUCAUGGCUGCGCUUUUUGGUCAAGACGUCAAAAUCGAUGGCUCUACCGCGGCGUUGAGAUACAUGUGUCUCGAAAUAGUCAUGGGCAAUAUGUCCGUGAUCCUUGAUCCUGGUCCUUCGCAAAGCGACGUGACUCUAAACGGCUUAGAAGCUGGUAUUUCAUUCGACCCAGGUUUCCGCGGCUUGUAUCAAGCUGGAGACACAAAAGUAGUGGUCCAGGCCUACACUGCCGAAUUUGCAGUAAACCUCAAUUGGGAACUUGUCGAGCUGUCCAGCAGUCUGAUGAAAAUGAUUCGGUCGUCGGAACCGCAUAACCAACUUGAACAGGUCGAGCUCUCGAAGAAGACUUCCUUGGACCGAUUUGCGAUUGAAGCAGUCGUUUGCACCGACCUUGUGUCCCUGUCGGCAAAGACACCCACCAUAACGCUUAGGCUCGGGGCGGAGAGCCUCAAUACGACGACCUUCCUCAACGCUCCUGCAGGAGGCGCUCUGGCUGCUUUCUUCACAGUCACAUCUACGGCCGCAAUGGCCCGAGUAGCUGGUUUGGAUAAAGAGUUGUUGAGGUGGAAACUUACUCAGCCCAAAGUCAGCGGUUCAUUCGCGCCUCCUCCAUUGGAGGACGACUUGGGACGUCGUGCAAGCACCCUUAGGCUCGGCGCGGCCUGCGACAAGUUGAGAUUCAAGUUGAAAGAAGAUAUAAAUUUCGUCAUGCGUGUAGCCAGCGCUGUGGUCGACAAAGAGGUUUCUCAAGUUCACAAGCUUUUCUUAUCAAGUCCUAUCAAGGCCAAACGUCCAAGGCUUGACAGAACAGAGCCUAUGACGGCGAACAGGCUUCAACUGCAUCUUGCCUUCUUUCUCGAGGACUACAAGCUUGAUCUUGUACUACUACCUGCACUUCGAUACGCGAUCAAUGGCAGAGUUGCAAGAACUUCGGUCAUACCCCGAGGGAACGGACAGAUGACGAUCAACUUCGAUCUCAAGUCUCACGAACACGUCUUUCGAGGCGUAUGGGACACAGCUUACGAAAAACCUUCCACUCUUCAAAUGCCACCAAUCAAUGGUCAGCUAUGUAUCUCAGUGGGCGAUAAAACGACUAUGCUAGGCGUCCAUACUACUAUUGAGCAAAUCGAAUUCGAAGCGGCAGCUGUCAGAGCAUGCUUUGAUGUUGUCAACCAGCCAGGCUUCAUUGACUCUGCAAAGAGCAUUCAAGCGGAUGCAACCUCACUCCAGGAAAGACUUGACAAACUUUUAAUGUCUUCUGCCUCUGCCAGAGUCCGUGGAAAUGCACCGAAACCACCGACAGUACUUCGUUAUGGCUUUGACGGUACCCUUGCAGGCAUAAGAAUUCACUGCCAAGCCCCGUCGCUCUUAGACUCUGAUGCGACAGCGGAUCUCAACUUUGAGGUCGGGCGUAGUGCAAUCAAAAUACACAACAUGAUGAAAGACUCAACGAAAGUCUAUGAGAAGCCGCAGUUCUCCGUCAGCAUUCGCGAGAUCUCGGUGGGCUUGUUUCGCAAGAACAAGUAUAGUCGACAAAAUUACGGCACGUUCAGUACCGGUGUCCAGGUGUUGGGCAUCACGGAGAUAGACGACAAGGACAACCAUCUUCAGGUCUACAAUGUAUCGAGUCACGGCAUCCGUGUUGACAUGUACGAAGAGACCGCAUCGUUGGUCGUCGACAUUGCAACGUUUUUGCAGGAACGCAUCAAGUCGAUUACCAUCUCCGAACAAGCCAAGAACCUUAAACCUAUACGUCGUUUGACGCUGGCACAUCUUGCUGAGAGAAACGCUUCUGCAGACGAUGGGGCAGACGACUUCGCUGCGGACGAUACGUCCACUCACUUGUUUGAUUCGGUAGUAGCGCUCAGCAUCGAUCGAAUCCAGAUACGGUGGGGUCUGCAUGAGACAACAGUUGCUACUCCCGGUCGCACAUUGGAGGAUCUGAUCUUCUCGAUUCGCAAAGUGGAUCUGCAGACGCGGCAGGAAGGUUCGGCUCGUCUUUCAAUGGCCGAGAUACAACUCCAGCUUGUGCCACAUUUUCACGACCCUACAAAGAGAUCAGCGAACUCCGCGCUACUGCCAGAAGUCAUCUUCAGUACUGCUUACGUGUCCACGAAAAAGGAGCGUCGUCUGGCUUUCCAGGCCAAGGGCAAGGCUCUCGAGCUGCGUCUGGGUGCUGACUUCGUACUUCCAGCAUCUCUCAUUCAGAAGUCUCUCGCUGGAGCAAGCAAGCAGUUACGAGAAUCCAGCAUCCAACUCAGCACAACCAACGCUACGCCUGAGGCUAAGCGUAAGAGCGGAGCGUUGCUGGGGCGGAAGCGAUUCGCGUGGCUCGCGGUAGACGCCGAUUUUGCCGGUGCUGUAGUUCAUGUCAGCCCGCGGCAAGAGAAUCAUCCUCGAUCCGCAUUUGGCAUGCUCAAGGGAUCUUCGAGAUCUCGAGCCGGCCGCUACCUGCAAGCUACUCAUGGAGACCACCACGCUACCGAGGCCAUACUUCAGGCCCCUGGAAUAGCGAUCAAGGUGCAGUAUCAUGAUAAUGGCACUGACGACCCUACCUUAAGCACGGAGCUCAAGGUUGCCGCGUCCUCCAACACCUUGUAUCCAUCGGUCGUGCCUCUCAUUCUGGAUAUUUCGUCAAGCAUCAAAGAAUUAAUGGGCGAUGAAAACACAGUUCCCAAACCCAAAAAUCCACCACCCACGGCUCAGCAGACAACGAACAAAUAUCUCUCUGAUGGCACACUUGAGCCCAACGCAAUCCUGGGACGGGCGAAGCUGAACGCUGGUCUAUGGAUCCAAAGACAAGAGUUCAGUCUAAGUUGUCAACCCAUUGCCAGGGUUGCAGCCACAGCUAAGUUCGAAGAAAUCUUCUUGACUGUCAAUACCGUGCAGGGACCCGAUCAGAAUCGCUUCUUCUCGAUCCUGACCACCUUCAAUAAAUUGCAGACCUCUGUUCAGCAUGUCUACUCCCGAGAAUCCACGGCCAGCUUCGAGCUCGACUCGUUUGUUGUGUCGCUCAUGAACAGUAAGCACGUCAGCCAGACGACUGGAAUUUCUGCGAUCGUCAAUGUCAGUCCAAUGAAGAUGGACAUCAACGCCAAACAGCUCCAGGACUUCUUGUUAUUCCGUGAGAUCUGGUAUCCAGCAGAGCUUCGUGCCACGAAGAAUACCACUACCCCGGUAUCGGCCACGGCAGAUACGCAAGCAUUUGCCAUUCAGCGGUAUCAGCAGAUCACGGCCUCUGGAACACUGCCCUGGAACGCAAUCGUGUCUCUGCAGGAACUGAAUAUGCAAGUCGACUUUGGACCAGGUUUGGGCAAGUCUGUGUUCACAAUCUCGAAACUCUGGGCCUCAUCGAAGAAGAACUCUGAUGCUGAGCAGAACCUGUGCAUCGGUUUCGACAAAAUAGCAAUUGACAGCAGUGGUCGCAUGAGUGGCUUCGUUGAACUGGCAAACUUCCGCGUAAGAACAUCCAUUAGAUGGCCGGAAAACAUCGCAACGAGCACACGGGCACCUCUCGUACAAGCAUCUGUUGGCUUCCACCAUCUCCGCGCUAAGGCUGUCUUUGACUACCAACCUUUCGCCGUUGUGGAUAUAUCGACUUUUGAAGCUUUGAUGUACAAUGUAAGACAAGACGUUGGUCAGAAUGACCGGUUGGUCGCGAUGUUGAAUGGCGGCAAGGUGCAAGGAUUUUGUACCACUCUGGCCGGCGCACAGGGUCUGGCUUUGAUGCAAGCAUUCGAACGACUGAUUGAGGACAAGAAAGAGUCGUUCCAAGCCUCGCUGCAAGAACUUGACAAACACCUACGUAGGAAGUCGGUGUACCCUACCGCUACUUGGACAACGCCUGUGCCCGAGAUCAAAGAGAAGGAGGAAGCACCCACCAGAGACAACUUUUCGCUGCAUACGGACGUCGUAGUUGCAAUUGGCGAGAUCGACAUCGGUGUCUUCCCAAACACUUUCUUCGACAAUCAGAUUCUAAAGCUAGAAGCAACAGACGCUCAAGCUCGCUUUGCCGUUGCCGUCAUUCAGGGAAGAGUGCAAAGUGGUCUGGGUAUGCGGCUUGGCCAGGUCCGCGUUGCCCUCUCGAGUAUCAACAAACCUAAUACCAAAGCUUUGGGCGAAGUGUCUGUUCCGGAAGUCAUCGAGCGUGCGACUGGAUCUCGAGGUGGCACUAUUCUCAAAGUACCUCGUCUGGUGUCGUCCAUGCAGACAUGGCAGACAGCAAACUCCAACACUAUCGAGUACAUUUUCCGCUCUGUCUUUGAGGGCAAGGUGGACGUGGGAUGGAACUACAGCCGCAUUUCCUUUAUUCGCGACAUGUGGGGUACGCACUCUCGAGCGUUUGCUGCCCGUGCCGGCAAGCCGCUACCGGAGCCUGCCGUGAAGAUCACUGCUGAGCAAGGUGACGGGCCCGAGGGAAGCGGGAAAGAGAAGAUCACCGCCGUGGUCAACAUGCCGACCAGCAAAUUCAAGUAUGUGGCCCUCGAGCCGCCGGUGAUCGACACCCCGCAGUUGAGAGACAUGGGUGAGGCGACGCCGCCGCUCGAGUGGAUCGGUCUGCACAGGGACCGUCUUCCCGAGGCGACGCACAGUGUGGCCAUUGUGACUUUGCUGGAGAUUGCAAAGGAGGUUGAAGAUGCGUAUGUGCGGAUUCUGGGAAGUUCUUGA